CUACCCAGCAGAGCACAGAAGUCAACUCACACGCACAACAGACAACAGAGGAUAAAGGUAUCGUCAACACCGUUGUGCAUUCAUCCAGUGAUGUUGGGUUUUCAGGCUGGAUUAUGUCAUAAAAUCAGAAAAUGGCCAUCAAAUAACGAUGGGGUGUCUAACAAGCAGACUGUGGCGUCGAUCUGUUCUGGAGGAUACCGUAUUGACGUCUGAUGGGUGUUUGACUGCAGGAAAUCACAUGCAGAUGGCAGUGGCUUUAUGCAACUUUUCACCCCACAGGUCUGAUGUACAUACUAUAUUUUUAGGAGACAGACUGAACAUUAUAUCCGAAGAUGAUGACAUGUUGAGGGUUAGUUGUACAUCAACUGACACAGCGUUUUUCAUUCCUCACACGUACAUUUCCAAAGUGCACAAUAGCUGGCUGUUUGAAGGGAUCACCAGGAGAAAUGCAGAACAACUUCUUAUGCUGCCUCAAAACUACUCUGGAUGUUUUCUAAUUCGGGAAAGCCAGUCAUGCCCUGGUUCCUAUUCACUCUCAAUACGACAAGAUAGAGGCCAUGUGCACAAUGUAAAGCACUACAGAAUCCAUCAGCUCGACAACAACUGGUUCUAUAUCCACCAUAACCGUACCUUCUCCACCAUCACCCAGCUGGUAGACUUUUACUCGCGACCUUUUAAUGGAACGUACUGUCAGCUGACUGAACCUUGCUUACUUCAUGACCCGAACACGACUGUAGCGCAUACACCUUCACCAAUAGCAUUCCAGAGGUCCAAUCUUAACUGGAAAGAUGUGUCUAGGUCGAUGAUUCAAAGGCAGUUAAAGGGGACGGAUCAGGAGAGUCUGGUUAGUGAAGGACUGCGAGAGUCUAUGAAUUCAUAUUUUUACAUCACAGAGGAGUUGAGCUGUGAGGACGAAUGAGUGACAUACAACAAAGAACAGAUAUUGAUUAAAAUCAAUAAUAUUGAUUAAUAUUGAAUAUCAGCCUUAAUAAUAGAUUUUUGAUGGGCAUUUUGACCACAACGCUCUCUCCUGUACAAAAACAUUCUUAGGCCUGAAUAAUGAUCAUGGUAUACUUUACAAUAUGGUCUCAUUUGUUAACAUUAUUUAUGUGUAAACUAACAUCAAUAUCGAG